GAGAAGAUUGUCUUUUUUGUAUAAUAUAAAUUUUAAAUGAUCAUUAGUACUAAAUAAAGAAUAACAACAAAUUUAUCGUUAAAUAAACAAAGAAUUUUUACGGUAUUAUUUCAAAAAUAUUAUCUUGUUUGUCCAGAUAUAGAACAAAAACGGAGAAAAUAACAUGUUUUGAAAAAUAAAAACCUGACCUAGGUUACUGUUCUCAAGGCAAAUGUAUAUAAAAUAUGAUCGAUAAAGAAAAUUUGGUGAAAAUUUUCCCAAAAAAGGACAUUAUAUGAAAACUUUCGUAAUAAAAGAAAAUUUGAUAAAAUUGUUCCCUAAUCGAAAAAUCUAAGUCCAAUGACUAGAUUUGUUCCCCCUAUUUAUAUAGUUAGCUCUUAAUAAAUUACCUGCAAUUCAUUGUACAAUUCGAUAAGAUUGCAACCUAAAACUAUAAUCAAUUUGCUGAAAAAAUCGAUUAGAUUAAAAAGUUUUGCGAAAAUACUGGAAUAUAAGUUGUAGUUCCAUUAAAAAUCUUGCAAAGCAAAGAACUCGGAAACGGAUUAAUUGACAACAAUUAUGAUUUCCUUAAAAACAACCUAUGAUCCUGAAGAGAAAAUCUGGAGUGGACCCGAAAAGAAAAGACUAUUCAGUGAUGAUAUGUCGGUAGGAGAAGUGGCUCUUUAUAUAUUGCGUAGUAAAAAUCCAGCCGAUAUAAUGCAAAUUUCUGAUCCUGACGGCAGCACUAUGACCUAUGGUGAGGCUUUAGCAGCGGCCAUACGUAUUGCUCAACAUUUCAAGAAAAUGCAAUUGACAGCCGAUGAUGUAGUGGGUAUUUUUACACCCAAUACUAUGUAUAUGACACCGGUAGCAGUGGCCGCCUGGUUUAAUGGCACUCCCUUUCAGGCCACUAAUUGUCUAUUGGAACUAAAUGUGGUCAAGCAUAUUUAUAACCAAGUCCAGCCCAAGGUAAUAUUCUGUGAUGGUCAGUAUUAUGAAAAGGUUAAAACUGCUUCGGAAUCUUUUAAACCCUUGAUAUAUACAUUGUGUAAUCAUUUGGAUAAUGUGCCUAAAGUAGAGGAUCUAUUGGAGCCCACAGUUUCGGAACAUUUUUAUUUGGCCCAACCUUUAAUCUAUGGUCCUUCGCAAACUAUGGCCAUUUUGGUUUCGUCUGGCACCAGUGGUCUGCCUAAAGCGGUAUGUGUUUCUAAUAGAGCCUGUACCAUUGAUUUUGGUUUCUCCAAUGGCUCUUCUACCUUAUUUACCGCCAGCACCUUGGAUUGGUCCUCUGGACUUUUCACCUUAAUUGCUAAUGUUUUAGUGGGCGGAAGAAGACUUUUAACUACUAAGCCCUUAACUCCUGAAUAUUUACUUGAAUUGAUAGUAAAAUAUAAAGUAAAUUUUCUUGCUUCAAUACCCGGUAAUAUGGUGCAAUUAAGUCUAUUACCCAAUUACUCAGCAAAGACCAUGAAAAGUGUACGUUUGAUAUUUAUGACGGGAGCAUUCUGUUCGGAAGCCAAUCAAAAACGUAUACGUUCAGCCUUAACUAUGGGAAUUUUGAUUUAUGGUUAUGGUAGCACAGAAUUUGGUGGUAUUGCUGCCAAUUUGGCCGAUUAUAAAUGUCAUUCUGUGGGACAAAUUGUUCACAAUGUUAAAGUGAAAAUUGUAGAUCCUAUUACGGGCGAACGUUUGGGACCCACACAAAUAGGAGAGAUAUGUGUUAGUCAUGGUAGUCGUUGGUUGGGUUAUUAUAAGAAUCCUGAGGCCACUGAGCAAAUUAUUGAUUCAGAAAAUUUCAUACAUACUGGCGAUUUGGGUUAUAUGGAUGAUGAGCAUUAUCUCUUUAUAACGGGUCGUAGUAAGGAUGUCAUGAAAUACAAAGGUUUUCAUUAUACACCUCAAGAAAUCGAGGAUAUUAUAGUGCAAAUUCCCGAUGUUAUAGAUGUUUGUGUAUUUGGGGUAUUCGAUGAUUUGUCCUAUGAUGUGCCGGCAGCAGCGAUUGUCAAGCGUGACGGCAGUUCUUUGACUGCUGAUGAGGUAAUGGAAUAUGUUCGCAGUAAAUCGGAAGUACCACACAAACAACUACAUUAUGGCGUGUUCUUUGUCAAGGAAUUGCCCCGGAAUCAUAAUGGAAAAUUAUUAAGAAAUCAAAUUAAAGAAAUGUGUUUGGCUCUAGAGAAGGAGGGAAAUUAAAAGUAAAUUUUAAGUAACACAUCAUAAACUACAAUACCAGCAACAGAUUUGCGAAAAUUUUCUUAACUUUAAUAAGUUUUUAUAGAUUAAGAUUAUUACUAAAGCAAUAAAAUAUAUUCCUAAUUUUCAAAGCCCCACCCACCAUUUCGCUAACAUCUUCAAUUAUGUUUUUAUAGAAAAAAUUUCAUUAAA